UUCUAAGUUAAAUGAUUUGUUUUUGUAAAUCAUAAUAAACUAAAAGAAGAACAUACAGUAUCGUCUUUCAGGAAAUGACAAUGAUGAAAAGACAAUUUUGUCUCAUGAACAAUCACACUUUGGUGUUUCUGCUAAAAGUUUUAUGGUGCCAAACAUGUAAACAGACUUUUUUUAAUUCAUUUUGCCACCUGCUGAUUUGUUGCCCAAGUUCACUCCUGCGACAGUGAUGUUGAUUUCUUGAAUCUGAUUGGUCAGAAGGUGGUGAUUAGGUUUCUAUAACAGGAGCUCUGACAGUAGUCCCGGCUGUACUUCAAAUCACAGGUUUAUAUUAAUGCGCGUGUUCUUGCGCUAUGUUCGGCUCAUAACUCGGACAAAGUGAAGAAAAUGCCCCCUCAGACCCAAUUUCAGCAAGUGAUGUGAAAUCAACAUGGCUACUCACAGCAUCAGCAGUAAAAAGAUUUAACACUUUUUCUUGCGGUAUGUACAAGUAGAUCGAUCAGCACAUAGAAAUAUUCGCUCGUUAAAUCUCUAACACUGACUACAGUUUGUCGUUUUGAUGGGUUAAAUAUAUACACUCCUGAGCAAAAAAAAUGGGCCAAGCCCAAAACGGCAAAUAUUAAGCUUUUAAUGGUCUUAAGAACAAAUCACUGAUCAGGAAAUUAGCAAGAAUUAAACAAAUGCGCUCCUGAGAGCUCGUGUGCCAACAUGCUGGUUUACGUUUGCUGCAGUGAACUGUUUGUUUGGGGAAAAGCUAGAAACAGGGAAAUUCACUUCUAUAGUCUUCUUGUACACGAAGGUCAAAUCAUGAUGAUGUUUGAUAUAAAAUUCAAACUAAUACAUUUCUGGGUGCACAAAAGUUUCCAAAAAUAUCUUCUGGGAUGUUUUUUUUUCUUAAAAGAUUAGUCAUUAUUUGGUUCUCUGCCACACCUGAUGCAGCCCAUCGAGGCCUGAUAACAAGCUCAUAAAUUGAACCAGGAUUGACAGAACAGGGAGCGAUCUACAAUAUUUGUUUAAUUCUUGCUAAAUUCCUGACAAAUGAUUUAUUGUUAAGACCAUUAUAAGCUUAAUAUUUUGCCUGUUUUUUUUUUUUUUUGCACAGGAGUGCGUACGUCAUUCAUCACAAUUAGCUGGUUAGAUUGUUGUUAACAAAAGGAGGCCUCCAUGGUUUUUUUUCCCCAAUCUUUGUAGUUUGAAACACACAGAAGUCGAAAAUGACGUAAUUCCGACUUCCCACGUCUGAGUCGGACAUGCCGUAAUACAUUAGCGUUUCUAUAGUAACAACUAAUUUACAGGUGUAAUCUAAGCGUAAUACUUGACAGAUUUAAAAAGUUCUUAUUUAACAAAUAAUCAGUGAUAUGUGAAGCUUUCCAUAAAGAGGUGUUUGUUUAACGUUUUUGGAAGGAGUCUCCAGUGUCAGUGCUUUGUAGCAGGCAGAGGUAAAGCUGGAACUUUUAACUGGAACGUCUAACAAGUUGUGUGUGUGUGUGUUUUUUUUUUUUUUUUUGGCUUUAUUAACUUCAAGUGAAAAUGUGGGAAGGACAGCUUAUAGCUGUUAUAAUAUAAGUGAUAACAGGAACUGGCUUGGUUUGCAGUCAUUACACAACUAUAAAUGGAUAAAAAUACAUGGCAUUCAUAGAUAAAUUGGCAAAUUUCUAUAGUAUAAGGUGAAGAAAACACUCAGUUCAGUAUUUUACUUUAACAGCAUGCCUAUUGUGUGUUUUCUAACUAGUGCCUCUGAAUAAUAUCAUAUUUUAUCACUUUUGCACCACUGUACCUACACAGACAAGUUCUUGCAUGCUCUCAGCUGCACAGCUGUGUGAGAAACAGUCAGCAUUAUCAGCUCUCCUCUAGCUGCUACUUCUUGUGACCCAUUUUUAGCUCUCAUAUCUUUGUGCUUGAAGUCUUCAACUUCAACACACGCAGGAGUCUUGAGUUCACUGCCAAGAACUGCUUUAAAUCAGUUUUAUAAAGCUGUACUUUCCAAAAGUAUAGUAUUCUUCAAUAAAUUACAGAUUAGCCUAAUUACAUUUAUUACUUUGUCAAUUGAAAAUUGACUUUUCGUUCGCUUUGUACAUGAAAAGGCCUGUACUUGCUGCAAAUCUCUAAAUCUUUACGUCAAAAUAAGAGUGCUCCUUAAUUAUUCAAGUAUUAACCUUUAAAAUGCUAAACUCAAAACAACUAAGUAAACACACUGACCUAAUGCACCAGAGUCAAUAUAGAUCUUUUUAACUUUAGCACUCAUCAAUAUUGCAUGUUUAUAUAAGUCAUGUUUAAAUAAGAAAGAAAGAAAGAAAGAAUGAAAAAAUCAGGGUUGCCAUUAAAAUUGUGCAGCAUGACUAUUUGUUCUUACUGAUUGAAAAUGCUAAAAUGAAGUGGAUUAAAUCAAUAUCACUCAGUGUUGAUUACGUGAUGGGAACAAUGUUACAUGAACACAUUACUGUUUAAAAUAAAUACGACAUCAGCCUGUUCUUAAAAAAAACGAAGCAGAUGGUGUGCAAGCAGGAUGUUCAUAUCAUGAUUUCAGAUUUAAAAAAAAUCUCAACAUAUUCCUGAAUGCUAAGAAAAUUGUCUUUUUUAAUGAUAAAAUAGCAGUUUCUGGUGGUGGACUCUUUUUUGUAGGAUUUUUGUAGGAUAUUUUCAGCAGGAUUUUUCACGCUAGGUGCCCACACACACACACACACACACACACACACAGAGUGUGAGUGUGCCACUGUACUAAUGAGCCCCCUGAGUCCUGAAACCCCCGGAGUACUCCAUGUCUCAUUCCUCUUCUGCAGUCUGGGAGGCUCGAAGGUCAAACGUAGCUUGUGGUGAGCAGCUACAGGAGAUUAUCUCACUCAUUAUCCCAUUACAUGUUUGUAAUGUGUGAUAACGGGGUGCUCAGCGCUGAUACUUCAGGCUCAGUGGCGCAGCUUCCUCAGCUUAUCAUGACAACUGAUGCUCUGUUUACAGCUGCAAAGUUUUUGCUCUGCUGUGUAUUAGUCAUGCAGGACAAUUAUAGUAAGUAAGGAAUAAAACACAACUGUGCAUGCUGUUAUAGGAAAAUAAUUUAUGAUGGACUGUGAUGUGGCCCAGUACAAAGCUGAGUUGUUGUUAUCACUCCGAAGUUGAUUAUUUUCCAAGUCUUCCAAAGUCUUUUAUUUUGCUUAGCAAUAUGCCAACCGUUACAUUAUGUUUUCAGGAUGUCUGUGCGUCCAAACAAGAUUCUUAUUAGCACGAUAUCUCAAAAAUGAGUGAAUGUUUGUGGGAUGUAUAUGGAAUUAUUCCUGGAACCAGCAGAUGAACUGAUGAAGUCCUUCAGAACAGGGUCAAGAUCACAGCAAGGUCAAAUGUCUAAAUUACAGUCCCCUCCGAAAGUAUUGGUAUGGGAAGGACAAUUUUUUUUUUUUUUUUUUGGGUAUACACUGAAAGCAAUUGGGUUUUAGAUCAGCAGGUCAAUAUGAGACGCUAGAUCAGAAUUUCAGCUUUCGUUUCCUGAUAUUUACAUCUAUAUGUGUUACACAACUUAAAACAUGGCAUCUUUUGUUUGAACCCACCCAUUUUUCAAGUGAUCAAAAAUAUUGGAAGACGUGACUGAUAGGUGUUUCUUGUUGUUAGAUUGCUUGUUUAAAUUAAAUUAAUAGCUAAUAGCUCUGAAUGUCUACUCUUGGUUUGAGCCCUGGGUUUCACCUGUGAAGACUGCAUAUGUUGUCAAAAAGGAUAAACCAACAUGAAGACCAGAGAGCUGUCGUAGGGAGAAACGCAAGCCGUUUUGAAGCUGAGAAAAGAGGGAAAAUUGGAAAUAGCCAAUGCAACAAUUUGGAAUGUCCUGAAAAAGAAAAAAAAAACACUGGUGUACUAAGAACCAGACAUCGAACAGGUUGGCCAAGGAAAACAACAGCAGCUGAUGACGAUAGAAACAUUACGAGAGCUGUGAAGAAAAACCCAAAAGCAACAGUCAGUGACAUCAUCAACAACCUCCACAGGGUAAAGGUAUUACAAUCCACCAUUCGAAGAAGACUUCAAGAGCAGAAAUGUAGAGGCCAUACUACAAGAUGCAAACCACUCAUCAGCAGUAAGAACCAGAAGGCCAAUUUGAAAUUCACAAAGAAAUACAGAGAUGAGCCACAAAAGUUCUGGAACCAAGAUUAACCUCUACCAAAGUGAUGGAAAGGCCAAAGUGUGGAGAAAGAAAGGAUCUGCUCAUGAUCCAAAACAUACGAGCUGAUGGAGGUUGUGUCAUGGCUUGGGCCUGCAUCUUAAACUUUUAAACAACAGAUUUUGCAGAAACACCAUAUAUCACAACAUUUACGGCCAUUUUUAGAAUACAUGAUAUGUAUUACAAUAUGAAUGCUCUAACAUUCUUCAGCUUGUCUCGCUGGAGGAACCUGCAAGUGUUUCCCUGUCAGAUAGGUUUCCAAGGUGAACCUCUGUAGGAAUCUUGUAACCCUUAACUAUCAAGAGAACCCAUUUUUUAAAGAAUGUAGGCUUGUUAAUGGAGUGCAAGCAAACCAGUGCCACACUUUAAGCUACAAAAUCUGCAUCCAAUUGUACUUCUACAGAACAUUUACAAAAAUGAUUUAACCCAUAAAAAGUGGGGAAAUUAAACAUUUGGGACAAAACCAUAUUUGAACUUAUCAUCAGCAAUGGAACCAGUGUUAUAAACAUGCUUUUAAUACCUCCCAUAUCUCUGAAAAGGGCAUUUUAUAUACUCUAUUUUUAAGUGUGUAUCAAAAAUAGAUUGUUUUAUCAUCCAGGUUGAAUGGAAGCCAAAAAAAAAGAGCAUGAGAUUCUACAAUUGAGAGCCACUGUAUUAAAAUAUACAGAUUCCACGCAUUCCCAUUGUGAUUUGAUUUAACAUGCUGGCUGCUGCAAACAUGAUUAGAGUUCUCUGGCUCGUAAUUCUUGUAUAGAUGUUGCUGUUUAAGUCCAGUGUUGCUGUGUGUCUAGGAAACAUCAAGCACCACCAUUUCCAAGAUUACUUCUGAAUAGCAUGUCUUCUUCUGUCUCGGUUUCUGCGAUCCCGUCCGUCUGGAUCGCCUCCAAGAUCAAUCCCAGUCUCGUCUCCUUUUCUCAGAACUCUGCCUUUUAUGCAAAUGAAGCCGGGAGCAUCACACUCCUGUGUGUCCAACCAGGAAGUGCGUGACGCUGCAGACACAGAGAAACUGUGAUUCAGUGUUAUGCAGCUUGUCAUCAAUCAGUCAGCAGCAAGCAGUUGAAGGUAAAAGAAGCAACCGGGGAAACAGGAUGCCGUGACGGCUCACUGACCCUUUUUUAGGCACCGCAUGAUGUGUGUCCUCGGCACAUGGACACCACGCUCCGGUCCACUGAGCUCAGACAACCUUUCAAUGACAUUGGCACACACCGGCUCUUUCAAGAUUACCGGAGGCCAAAUUUGAUCCCCCGAGCACCAUGGACCGGAAUGAGCUUUCCCCCGGGUCUGGAGUUGUCGCGCAAAAGCCUGCGGUCGUGAGCGGUUGUGGCGCACAGCCGUCUCAUUGCGCAAGCCGCUGCGACACCAGACUGUCCAACCAGUGCGGCCCGACCAGCCACGACAUCAUGGACGAGGCAGAGGACAGUGAAGAAGAGCCCAAGUUUCAGCACCCGCGACUCAGGCGAGCCGGUGCCACCGGAGGAGGAGGAGGAGGAGGAGGAGGAGCAGGCAACAAUAAGAUGCAAAACUUCGCGUCGGGAGGGGGAGCCGCGCUCAAGAGCUCCUCCAACGACGAGAUCCCGGCUGUCCAAGACACUUCAGAUCUCGAGCAAGUGGAAGUAGUCGCUCCCACGGACGCAGCCGCAGCAGUUAGGACGUUCGCGCCUGCGCGUCUGAGUGAUGCGGCGGCACGCGACGAUCCCGAUUCCGGGAAAGCGUCUCCUCUAGCGCUCACGGUAGACGCCUGUAAUGUUCCGGGAGAAGGAGGUGGCCACGGUGCAGCUCCAGUUUCCGCAAUGAAGUGCAACAAAAACGGCGAGUGCAGGAGAGACUCGGGCACAGGCAGCUUGCGCUCCAUUAUGUCCAAGCAGGACAAGCAGGAUGCGAAUAAACGCGCGACGAGCUCCUCAACUUCAGGCACGGACGCGCCCGCUGCUCCCGCGGGCCCUGGAGACUCCUCCAGUCCCGCCGCCGUCCCGGACAAGAAGGACUCCAAGGUGUCGUUUUCCAAUGCACCGAGUCGGAAAGCGUCCGCUUCCAUGCAGAGCCAGCAGCCCAGGAACUCCGUGACGUUCCUCAAGUCCGAGGACGGAACACAGAUCGCACCCGAGGAUGCUGAGGCGCGCGGGAGCCAAGCGAGCUUCAUGCAGAGGCAGUUCGGCAGCAUGCUGCAGCCGGGGGUCAACAAAUUCUCCUUACGAAUGUACGGCAGCCAGAAAGCCGUGGAGAGAGAGCAGGAGCGCGUCAAGUCAGCUGGAAAGUGGAUCAUUCACCCUUACAGCGACUUCAGGUUCUACUGGGAUUUUACAAUGCUUCUCUUCAUGGUGGGCAACCUGAUCAUCAUUCCAGUAGGUAUCACGUUCUUCAAGGAGGAGACCACCACGCCUUGGAUCAUCUUCAACGUUGUCUCCGACACCUUCUUCCUCAUGGACCUGGUGCUCAAUUUCCGCACAGGCAUCAUCAUCGAAGACAACUCCGACAUCAUCCUGGAUCCCAAGACCAUCAAGAAAAAGUACCUGAAGACAUGGUUUGUGGUGGACUUUGUCUCAUCCAUCCCUGUGGAUUACAUCUUUCUCAUUGUGGAGAAAGGAAUAGACUCGGAGAUGUACAAGACGGCCCGGGCCCUGCGCAUCGUUCGCUUCACGAAGAUCCUCAGUUUGCUGAGGCUGCUGAGACUCUCCCGGCUCAUCCGCUACAUACACCAGUGGGAGGAGAUUUUCCACAUGACCUACGACCUGGCGAGUGCCGUGAUGCGCAUCUUCAACCUGAUCGCUAUGAUGCUGCUGCUGUGCCACUGGGACGGCUGUCUUCAGUUCCUCGUGCCCAUGCUGCAGGACUUCCCCUCUGACUGCUGGGUCUCGCUCAACAAGAUGGUGAAUGACACGUGGAGUGAGCUAUACUCCUUUGCCGUGUUUAAGGCGAUGAGUCACAUGCUCUGUAUAGGUUACGGCCGUCAGGCUCCAGAGAGUUUGUCUGAUAUAUGGCUGACCAUGCUCAGCAUGAUAGUAGGAGCCACCUGCUACGCCGUCUUCAUCGGCCACGCCACCGCUCUCAUCCAAUCGCUGGACUCCUCUCGUCGACAGUACCAGGAAAAGUACAAGCAAGUGGAGCAGUACAUGUCCUUCCACAAACUUCCAGCAGACUUCCGGCAAAAAAUCCAUGACUACUAUGAGCACCGCUACCAGGGCAAGAUGUUUGAUGAGGAGAGCAUCCUGGAGGAGCUGAACGAACCGCUCAGAGAGGAAAUCGUGAACUUCAACUGCCGUAAGCUGGUGGCCUCGAUGCCCCUGUUUGCCAAUGCUGAGCCCAACUUUGUCACAGCCAUGCUAACUAAGCUCCGCUUUGAGGUCUUCCAGCCCCGGGAUUAUAUCAUCCGCGAAGGCACCAUUGGCAAAAAGAUGUACUUCAUCCAACAUGGUGUGGUCAAUGUCAUCACCAAAGGAACUCUGGGAAUGAAGCUGUCUGAUGGCUCCUAUUUUGGAGAAAUCUGUUUGCUAACACGAGGGCGCCGGACAGCGAGUGUUCAGGCGGAGACAUACUGCCGUCUUUAUUCACUCUCCGUGGACAACUUCAAUGAGGUUCUGGAGGAGUACCCUAUGAUGAGAAGAGCUUUUGAGACCGUGGCCAUUGACAGACUCGAUCGUCUAGGUAAGAAGAACUCCAUCUUGAUGCACAAAGUGCAGCAUGACCUCAACUCUGGUGUCUUCAACAACCAAGAGAAUGAAAUGAUCCAGGAGAUUGUGAAGUACGACCGAGAGAUGGUCAAACUGGUGGACUUUCAGCGUCCACGUGCCAUGUCUAUGACGGCCUCAGUCCCUGGUGGCAUAUUUGCCCCACCUGGCCAGUCGCAGGGCACCUCAGCCAUCGCUACCCUACAGCAGGCCGUAGCCAUGAGCUUCUGCCCACAGAUGGCGAAUCCUCUGGUGGGCCCGGGCAGUCUUCAAUCUCCCCGCAUGGUCCGGCGCUUCCAGGUAAUCCAGAACCUUUCCAGCCCUGCAUCUGUCUCUCCCAUGCAGCCACAGCCACCAGGCCCAAUGCCAGGGGGUGCGUGUGCUUCCGCUGCCACAUCCAGUCCACCUGUGCAGAGCCCACUGGCACCAACGGGCUCAAGGACAUUCCAGUAUGGCUGCAGCCCCAUGGGUGGGCGUACAGGAUCUCAGCUGUCUCUUGUCCAGCAGCAUGUGCCCAGUCCAACACGCAAGAGUGCCCACUCUUUGCAGCAAGCAGACAGCCUGAGCCAGGAUGCCCGGGCGUUGUCCACUUCCCAACCCUCUCUGCCCCAGGAUGGAGUGACAGGUGUGGGUACCAGCCCACCACCCUCAGCCCACGUCUCCUCCACGUCCAUUGGGCCACAGCAGGCCCCUCACCCUGCAAUACCUGGGCCUUCUGGAAUCAGAAGCGCUGUACCUCAUAGAAUGGUACAGCCGCACCAGAUGUCGCCCUCCACUCCACCCCCUGUUAGUGGAGCAGGGCCAAGCUAUCUCGAGCCAAUAGUGCACAAGAAAGAUUCUAUAGUUAGCCUCCCUGAGACAGACUCCACUAUCAGAUCCAGGCUGUCUUCGAACCUCUGACCAAACUCUAGUGUAUGCUGACAUGAUGGCACUAUUGUGUGUCCUGAGCUUUUCUGUCCCCGAAGGAGGCAGAAUGUGUAUUGUGUAGGGGGAGUAAUCAGAUCAGUCUAUCACUAAUAGAUACAAUGUCACCACUAUAACUAGGUUGAAGAGGCGGGAUUUUCCUAGCUGGCCCACACAUGUAGUUACUCCCUUCUCCUUCAGCUACCAAUUUCCCCUUUGCUGUCUUUGUUAUGAAGAAGUACUUGGAAAGAGAAAAUUUCUGUUGUAUUCUGUAGAGUCCAUACAAUGCAAUCUGGCCUGAGCUGGGACUUAAAGAAAAUCAGGGACUUGUAUCACAUGACAAUGAUGAAAUUUUAAGCUUUGCAAAAGUGUUUUUGAGUGUCCUUUGUUCUGUAUAAUUGUAGCAAAAAUAACUAGCUGUUCUUCAUAUUCUUGUAAAAUAUAAAUGAAAAUAGUAUUAUAGACCGCUGGUCGAUCUUAUAUUAAUAUGUAAAUAGGAUACAUUUUAAAAAAAACAUGACACAAAAUAUCUUCGUUGUAUCUACUCAAAAACCAAAGUUGAGCUUGGUUGAGUUUGGUCAUGUCCGUGUCAAAUGAGAAAAAGAAUUCAGAAGAAAUGCCAUUUAUUUAUCUGCCUUUAUUCCAAGUUUAGAAGCCAUAUACGUGGUAAGUGUGAGUCUAUGUGGGAGAGAAGGCGGGGAGGUUAUUUAUUUAUCAACCUGUUUUCUCAUGAGAGUGUAAAGCCACUUUAGUGAAACGACUAUUUUUUUUUUCUUUAAUUUAUUUCGCCGGGCAUUUUGACAGAUGUGUUUGUAAUGGUAAAGGCAAUACCCCAGAGCUUCUGGCCUGCACUGAGAGUUCUUACUGGUGAACAUCACUGACUCUCUUUUAGGAGAUACCAAAACAAUAGUGACUAGGAAUGGAUAACCAAAAGAAUCUAUAUCUGAACUGUGAUCCAAAAUGCAAUAUGAUACUGAUUUUGCAAUACCCUGCCUUUUGUCUCACAAUUUAGUUUUGCUGUGUGAAUGCUUUAUUCAGAUGUAUUUAAAGGAGAUUUUAUGGCUGUAGGUGAUGGAGCGUAAUAAAAUGAAACGAGGGAGGAAAUGUUUAUGUAAAAUGUUUUUGGAGUUUAGCUUUUAUCAUAAAUAUUAAAUUCCUGAAUUAUAGUUUUCUUUGCAUGCUACAAUUCAGAAUUGACAUUAUCCAGAAAAGCUGUUUUUUAGUCAAUACUGGGAGUUGAAUUUGUGGUAAUAAAGUGCUGCAGUAAUUCACUUAAAUAUGUACUGAACCAGUUGAACAUGGUUCAUUUUUACACUUUAAGCCAGCAUAACUUACCUGAAAAAUUCAUAAUUUUAUCUUGUGAGAAAAAACUGCAACAUUUUAUUACAUUAACUUGAAAAAAAUUAACCAUUAUUUGUUCAACUUAACUAGUAUUGGCAAUAUUUUGCACUUUACCAAAACUCCAAGAUAUUAUUAAUGAAGAGGCUGAUGUAUGACCAUUUUUAUUGGGUUUGUUAAGAGAAUUGACCAAAUCUUCUGUUUGGUCACCGGUUGAAACUAAAUGAUCAUCUUGAUUUAUAGAUAUGUUAGUUUGUAGUUACUAGAUAACAGCUGCUUUUUUUUCACUUGGAUUGUAAAUAUGACUUUGUAAAUCAGUUGUAAAUGAGUCUGAUUAGUAAAGUGAGCUUACUUAAUACUGACAAAAAAAAGAAAGCUGAACUCAGAUGGCCAUAGGUGCGGAUUUGUUCCUGAAUGUAUGCCGACUGGCGUUUACUGCCAUGUAAAUAGAAUCAUAUCGACUAAUGCAAAAUGGAAAACGUGUGUAUUUGCUGAGUGUUUAUUGUGGUGAUCAACUGUUGAUUAUGCUAUAGCUAAUUAUUACUGAAUUACAAAAGAACCAUUUUUGUUACUUCCGCAACAACAUGGGAAAAAACAAGCAAACAAACAAGCACACACAAUAUUCCCAUAAGCGCCCUCUAGAGAGAGAUUAGGAUUGUAAAUCACCAUAUUGGUAAUAGCCACAAUGAGGUGAUUCUAGGUGGCUUGAUGAUUUGCUGAAACGGAUGCAGUUUUAUCCGUGCAGUGAAAUAGUGGCGUGAGCAUUUCUGCUCCAUGAGAUAACUCCCAUUCAUGCUCAGUCCCAUAUCUUCAUUAUCAUUGUUGUAGACUUAGCUCAUAGUCGUUUACCACUAGCGUUAAGAUCGGCUAUUCAAAUGAAGGAUGGUGCAAUUCGCGUCAAUAUGACUGACUGAAAGAUUAUUUUGAGUCCUUCUGAGCUGACAUUGCAGUAAUGCGAUAUCUGAUCUAAUGAAUCCUGAGAAACCCAAUUUGUGGUGUGUUAUGUAUCUUUAAUUACACUUAAAUGAUACUUCCUGUACUGCCAUUUUUUUUCUGAAUGCCAUUUUUUUUUCUGCAAUUCUCAUUUUCAGAGAUUAACAAAUACUUUAUUUGUUCUUGUUUAUCCUGUUUUAAGUGUACACCAUAAGUUCCCAACCUACUGACAAAUGUAUUCAGAGUGAGUUGAACGAAUUGAAUGCAUAUCUAUUAUAUGUAUUGCUGUGGUUUUACUGCAAAUGACUGAAACUGUUUAUUUUUGUAAUCAUGCACUUAUGCUGGCCCUAUUUACGCUGCUAUUUUAGGCUCUGCUAGAAAGAAAUGUCUUCAGAGGAUUGUGUAUGUGGUGGACACAGUCAAUGCAAACAUAUGAUCCUUCAUACUGCCAGCUAACCUGGCGAAUAUUGAAAGAAAGAAACUGAUUUUAGUUUCAGCAUGGAAUUCAGCAUCGAUUGGCUUCAUUUCACUGUAACAAUAGCAAUCCUGAUUGAAGUAUUCCUUUAAGUAGAGAUUUUGAGUAUCUUCUGUUUUUCUGUACUUUUCCCUGACAAAAAAAAACCUUUCUUUCCGGGGCAGAAAGGCCAGACAUCGGCUUUCCGCACCAUGGCUGAAUAAUGGACAAUAAUUUGAGAGGACCGUCAUCCAAACCUCUUGUUUCACCGUACCGCAUGUAAACGGUACAGAAUGCCUUGGUAUAAAAUGUCUUAGUAAAUCAGGGUACUUUGUGUUUUUUGUUAUGAUAAGUGUUUUUUGUUGUUUUUUUGUCUUUAUAGUGUGCCGCGAUGCACAAUUUAACGUAGGCCAACAUACCUAGUGCCUAGUAAUACCUAGUUUCCACAUUGUCUAUUUUAGUGGUACUUGACCUUGUAAAAAGAAUAACUGCAAACUAUGUGCUCUUUUUCUUUUUCUUUUUUUACCUUGCAAUAUAUGUACAAUAUAGCUGCUGAAUAGUUGUUAGUAACAUAAAACGAAUAAUCCAGCAUAGUCUUUCCUCACGUUGGGAGACACAACUUGCACAUUCAUGUUUGUCUGGACUUUUGAAUGCAGUGGAUCACGGAGUACAUACCAAAACCUCUGCUCCACCGGAAUGCUGCUUUUCACUGGAGCCACCAGAGCAGACUUUUGCUUUUGCGAUCCGUAGACAUCACGCCAGAUGGCUUUUUAAAAAUCAAACUCACCUCUGUAGAUGCCAGCUGAGCACACACACACACACACACACACACACAUAGAUCAAGUGAAAAACAUCAGGGGUGAAAACAUUAAAUAUAUUAGAAAUCCUAUACUGAAAUGCAUGUAUAAUUUUUACUGAUGAGUAUAUAACAGUAACUGUUUCACAUUAGAUAUAUGAUAAAUGAAAUAUAAAGAAAUAAUUUUAUAUAGAUAUACUAUAAAACACAACACAGGAUUAAUAAACAGUCUCCCUGUUUAAACAUAUCACUACUUAUAUGUGACAAGAAAAAAAAAACUAUAUAAAGUGGUUUAAAGGUAGUCAGUGAUUUUGGAGGAAGUUAGUUGAAAUACAGCCCCUCCCAUCAGUUUUACCAUCUAAGCCACGCCCCCAAAAUGCAUGCGCAUCGACCGUCAUGAAGAGAAGCCUCCUUUUUUUGAUUGGUUGGAUGUUAGUGGUGGAAAAUAUUCUUUUUUUUCCCCAUUGACAUAUUCAUUUUUUUCUCUGAACAGAUAUUAUAUUGAAAGAAUUUGAGGAGAAAAAUCACAGAAAAAUCACUCUACCCAACUGUUGACAUCACCACACCAAAAUAUCAGAAAGAUCUGUGAGAAAUGCAGAAUUCCCUUGAGAAGAACGAGGCCUAGUUGGCCAUCUGUCAUUUCUUAAACCCAUCAGUGGAGUACAGGAGCAAAGCCUUGUAAGCUGACUGUUACUUUUCUUGUGCUUUGUUAAAAAUGCAGAUGGUGACCUCUUUCUAGAGACCUGAAUUUAAAUAUUAAACACACUUUUGUGUGUGUGAAUACUGAAUAUCCAUGUGGUUCAUUUUGCAUUUUAUCAAGUAGCUGUUCAAUGAAAAUUCCAAUGAAAUUGAAGUAUUUGAUGUAUGUGAUGUGCUUAGCGAUUCUGGUGCUAAUUUGUUGGUUGAUGUUGUAUUUUUGUUAUUCACCUGAAAAGAUUGUGUACUGAGCUGACAUCAUCAGAAGGGGAUAUUGCUAGCACAGUUGGUGGUCUUUAAUAGGAGAAAAUCUUUCAACAAUCUACUUUUAAUGUCAUAUUAAUGAAAAAUUUUAUGUAGAAAUCACUGAAAAGCAAUGCAGCUGUAUAACGCAGUUGCACUGAGUCAUAGCAGAGACUCGGGCUCGGCUAGUUAUCAAUCUAUGACAUGCUAACAAGCGCAAAGGUAUUGACAGCAGUAUGAGCAUGAAAGCUGAAGCUUUGGAAGCUGAUGUUUGAGCAGAGUUUACAGAUGGAAGUGGUAGUGAGAGAGCUGGACAGAAUAAAUAACUAAAGUGCCGCUGCAUCACUAUAUUUAGGUACAGAUGAAGUGAAGGGUAAAUCCCACUGGCGCCACUAUCAGCAAGUAGUCGAACAGUAUUAUGGGAAACUGUUAACCGAAGUGUAAAUACACUGAAAAAAGAAGUUCGUUACAAAAUAAAUCUUGGACACCACUGAAUGUCACUUAUAAAUAUAAUAUAUAUAAUUAUAAAGAUAUGCAAGGCAUUCUGGGUGGAUUUUUCUCAAUAGGUGUCUCAACAAGAGCAAGCUGAUUUCACUACUGCAAAUAAAUCCUUAAGAUUUAUUAAGUUCACCAGAGCUCUGUAUUUUACAGUAGUUUUGAAUAGUGAUAAAGGUUCUGGGGCUUUUGCUGUCUACUGCAAAAGUGAAAACCCGAAACUGACAUGAAGCCUGUGCAGCCAGACUAGAAGUAAUUUUAAAAAGUGCCAGAUUAAAUGUUUCUUCAAUGGUUGCAGACAAAAUGCAUUCAGAUUUGGGUCUAUGAUGAUUCGAGCCCUGCUAAGCCCCCAAUCAGGCUAAGGAAAGGCUGUCAAGCGUUUAAAGAGUGACUUUAGCAAGAUGAGGUCUUUCAUUGGUUUGGAUGUGUACUUGUACUAAAAUGUCCAGUGUCAGUGCAGUGGCUGUGAAAGUGAAGUCUCUAUCUUUGCUGCUGUACUCCUGCUGAUUGAGUCUUAGUCAUGAAGAGUUGUGUGUGUGCAUUAAUACACACUUACCCAGUCAGAUAUUAGUCAUCCAUCGCCUGUGGCGGUUGAUUGAAGUGCACUAGUCUAAGAUGGCCUCCCCACCAUGCCCCACCUGCUUUAAGCACCCUUGCUCCUAUCUAUUCUCUGUUUCAGUUACACACACCUCCCCCACUAGCACACCUCUUCAGUUACACAGCCCCAUUUGUUGGUGAAUAAAAGAGAGCUAAAUGAUGCUAGCCCUGUAGCAAGGAUAAAGCAGGUUAUGAGCUUCAUUUUAAAAAAAAAUAUGGUUGUUUUAUAACAAAUGAUGAUUAAUAUGACAACGACAAUAAGCUCUGGAGUGAUGUCUAUGGCAGUGAUGUGCUAAAGCUCCUGGUACUAAGCAUUAUACUUGUCUUUUUCAGUAAGCUGCUCCAUGAGUACCAAUGUUGUUACAGCAUUCCUUACAGAUGAAUAAUUGUUGUGCAAUAAAAAUGGAGAGCGUUGGCAUAUGA